AUGACCUUGGCCUGCCGCACCAAUGGCUACCUCUCCAUGAUUUCUCGGGAUGAGCCUGGAAGAUACGAGAUCCUAGACACACGCAAUGGGCGCAUGCUCUUCUAUGUAACGGACGAUGGAGGCGAUGGCCUAUCCUACUUCGAGGUAAGCUUGGUAAAGCACCGUAGAGGCAUAGGCAACCCCAAUGUUGCCUUCGCGACCGUAGUUUCCUGCCAAGCUGGGAUCGCAGGAGAACGCCAAGCAACGCCACCUGUCGUGGUCCCAAAGCGUCUGCGUCGGUCGUCUUGCUCUAAGCGGGGUUUGCUCUGCGGCGGCAAGUUCUACGUGCUAUCUAAGGAUGGUUACAUUCUCGGGUUGGAAUUGGUUGCCAUGAGCUUGUUCUGCAUCUGCUUACCAGAUGAAUUGCUGCAAGACGGCAGGGAGGCAAUAGAGUACGAUGAUCUAAAAAAUGUUUGUGUUUCUCGUGGGGAGGGCUCGAAGUUCUACCUCAUCCAUAUCAAGGGGUUCAAGGUUUUUGUCUGGCUUCAUGAUGCAGAGCGCGGCAGCAAUGCAAGCAAUGGGAAAGGUGUGGGGAUCACGCCGGCCGAGUUUGCGUACUUGAGCAUACUAGACACGACAGAUGAUUGCUCACGAACUGACUACUUGUUGGAUGUUAAGAGCAGGGCCGUGGAGAAGGUGUUUGAGGAGGAUUCGCACAGAACAUCUCUUCUUUAUCCCUUCACGAUGGUUUGGCCUCCCGCCUUCCCAGAGUUGAACGAGGAAGAUGACCAUGGUCAUGUUGAGCUGUAG